AUGGUCGCCAUUGAACGUCCUCGAAUCGCCUCCGCCCUACAGGCGGAUGGCUUCCAGACCGUCAAGCCGGAUCGCCUUUUCCGAAGAGCUUCGGUCAUCAGAUCUUGCAGUCUCAGCUCACAACACGAGUAUAGACCUGCAAGCAGAAAGUCUGUACAACGAGCCUUACGACAAGCAUCACAGGUUUGUGGCUUGGUUCGGCUGCAUCUGUCACUGCGAACAGUGGACGGAUCAGUCAAGUAUCGAGUUAAUUGUGGAUUCGACAAACUUGGUAACAAUGGACAUGAGCAAUUCUUCAGACCACAUGUCGAAAAUGAACGGUAG